AUGAUUUGGAUUGACCAUACCCAGACAAUAAUCAGCAUCUUUAUUGCUGUACCUGGAAUUGUGGGAAAUAUCCUGAUAUAUAUGAGAUAUGUAUAUAAUUUUCUCAUUGGCCCUGACCGAAAACCCAUAGAUCUUAUCUUGAAUCACUUCGCAUUUUCAAACAUACUCCUUAUUUGUAACACAGUUAUUAGUGGUACAACCACACUUUCUUAUUUCAAGAAUUCUCUAGGCAAUGCUGGUUGUAAAGUUGUGCUUUUUCUGGGAAGGAUGGCUCGAGGCCUUUCCAUCUGCACCGCCUGUCUCCUCAGCAUGGUCCAGGCUGUCACCAUCAAUCCCAGGACCAUCUGGUGGAGAAAACUCAGACCACAGACGGCAUGGCAGUUUCUUCCCUAUCUUCUUUCCUUUUGGAUCAUUAAUUCUCUGAUAAGCUCCAACUUGCUGUACUAUAUCACAGCAGUCAGUAGUGUGAACAGAUCUGGAGUUGGCAUGUAUGUUGGGUUUUGUCUUAUGCAACCAUCUAGGCUAAUAGUGAGGUGGCUUUUCAUCUGUCUCAUGGCUCUUCGUGAUGUCAUCUUCCAGGGUCUCAUGGGCUGGAGCAGUGCGUCCAUGGCUCUGCAUCUGUAUAAACAUCACAAGCGUGUCCUCUACCUUCACAGCUACAAGUGUGUGAACAAUUCCAGCCCAGAAAUCAGAGCCACAUGGAGCACUCUCAUUCUCAUGACCUGCUUCCUUUGCUUCUACUGGAUAGAUUUCAUUUUCUCCUUCUACAUGGGUUCCAUAGUAGCAUAUGAUCACAUAAUCAUAAUGAUUAAACCUUUUAUCCAAUUUGGUUAUGCUGUUCUCAGCCCCUUUGUCCUGGUCAGCAAAGAUGUCCAUGUGGCUAAAUCCCCCUGGCAGCGCGGACGUGGCCCGGAGGAGCUGACCCCGCAGGCAGGCGGCACAGCAGAGUCCAUCCGCGCCCGGUGGGCGUCGCUGCAUCCAGAAGCGCUGAGGACGCCGGUGACCAUCGCCGCGGUCACACGCUUCGCACCACGGCGCGGACCUGGCCGUGCCGACGAAGAGCGCGGGGACGAGACUCCCUUCCAGGCUCCGCGAGCAGCGCGCGGGGAGGCUGAGCUCAGGGCCUCGGCUCACCGCCCGGCAGCCCCGCUCUCCGCCGCCGCAGCCCCAUCUCGUGACUUCUGGCCACUGCUCACGAGGUCAGCAGGGGAACGUCCGGUGCUGGACACGGACGCGGACGCGGACGCGCGUGGGGGAAACCCGAGGACCGAGGUGGAGACACAGGCGGCGCCGCCUUCCCCGCGCCUCGGCCGCGCAGCGUGCGGGACGGGCUGA